GAGAUCCGCAGAAGAAUGAUAAUGAAGGGGACCAAAUCGUGGGACUGAUUGAGACCCUUGCUCGAAAUCUUUCCAGUACUGUAUAGUAUUACAAUAGCAAAUACCAAUGUCGGCGGUCACCGCCACGUCGCUUGAAUGUCUUGUCCAUCUCCCGGCGCGGGCGUGGGCGAUGGUGGUGGUGGUGGUUGUAGUGGUGGUGGGGAAACACAGGCGUGAUCCAGCGCUGGUUUUGGUCUCUCCACGCAUUUCAGUCGCGUAUUGUACUGAACAAUCACAUCACCAUCCUUCCGAGUACUAUCACCGCCCUCACUCAUGCACACACACACUAUGGUUGGUCAUUCAUCACCACCACCACCGCUCCUCUUCCUUCCACCCACACUCCCGAAUCCAUAGAAAUCACAGUGCCAUCCUGUAUAUAGCCACAGCUCUUCCGCAAUACAUACAUCUACUUCUUGGUACCGGCUCAGCUCACAAUAUCCUUCUCUCCCCUACACUUCAUAUUCCUCUCGUCCACAGCGCCUUCCCUUGUCCUAGACACUGCGAAUGCUACUGCCGCCGCUACUACUAUUGUAUCUUGUCACCCCGUGCCACCAAACACCAAGAAUUCCUACCGAUCGUCACUCCUCCCGUGACCUACCGUGCCGACAUUACGACACACUCCUCCGCGAGAGUUUGAGCAAGUUUUGACUACACUACCGCUUCCCUCGACAAGCGAGAGGGUGUCCAAAAACACAUAUUAUUAUUAUCAGAGCCAUCACAAUGAACGCCCAACAAGUCGCAUUCACAGCCGACAACAUGGAAAUGAGCCAAACCGCCGCCUCAGCAGUCACCUCCAUCGUCACAGGCAUGGCCGCUCCUACGAGUACAGUGGUCUCGUCGAUGGGAGGCAUGGAUAUGAGCCCUACAGUUUGCAAGAUUUCUGUAAGAUUAGUCCUCGUCCGUGGUGCAUGGCGGUAGAGAGAAGGAAGAAAGAAAGA